AUGAUCAAGUUCGUAGUCCUCGCCAUCGCCAUCUCUGCAGUGCACUGCCAGUACGGCGGCUACCACCAGGAGGCACCGCAGUACCACGAGGAGCAGUACUACGACCCUCCUCACUACCAGUUCCACUACUCCGUCCACGACGAGCACACCGGAGACAUCAAGAGCCAGAAGGAGGAAAGGUACGGAGACAAGACUCAGGGUGAGUACAGGCUCGUCGAACCCGACGGUUCCCUCAGGGAAGUCCACUACUCCGUCGAGGGAAAGUCUGGAUUCCAAGCCGAGGUACACAGGGAACCAAGCAAGUACAAGCCCCAACCAGCAUACAACAAGCCAGAACCAUCCUACUACAAACCAAGCUACCAUUAAUCUAUAUUGAAAAACUGUUUUUGUAAUAUAUGUAAAAAUAAAUUUUUAUAUUUUUAUUUACUAUCUGUCUUUUAUAAUUCAACUUUAAUUUUUA